GCCGGCUUCACCGUAGCCAGUGAGGUCAGCGCUCAUGACUGGCAGAUGAAGAACGGCAAGCAGUGGCUUCUGGGAAAAACAUUCGACACAUUCUGUCCACUAGGGCCUGCUCUUGUUAACACAGAAGCACUGAAGGACGUCCACAAUCUGGGGAUCCGGUGCCUGGUAAACGGUGACGUAGUUCAGGACAGCAACACCAGUCAGCUGAUCUUUAAGACGGAGAAGGUGGUGGUGUGGGUCUCGCAGUUUGUGACUCUGUACCCAGGCGACGUGUUUCUAACAGGCACGCCUCCAGGAGUGGGCUUUUUCAGAAAGCCACCCAUCUUUCUAAAGAAAGGACACGUCGUGGAGUGUCAGAUCGAGGAGAUCGGGUUCAUCCGAAACACAGUGGUGUGACUCCUGCACGGUUGGCUGACUUUUAUCUGAGCUACGGGGAUGGAAAAAAUUAAA